UGAACACACACACACAGAGCUAGGCAGGCUAAGCUAAGCUAGGUAAGACAAGAUAGUCAUUCUCCCGUUUAGUACAUUUAAGACAUUGUUUAUUUGUUUGUUCUUUGGUACUCUGUCGUCAUCUUUCCAAGCCGAACACACACCUAAUCUAUAAUCUAUCUAAUCACCACAAUGCUAGCUGGGAAACCUGUUAGCCUACUAGCCGACUGUGGUAAAUAACACUGCUAGCUUGCUAAAGUGUGAACGUGGUGUGAGCAGAGUAAAGGUGAAGCCAGUAUGAGCAUGAAGAUGAAAGAUGACGGCCUUGUGACGACAAUGGGCAAAUCUAAAACGAAGAGAAUGGAAAAGUCCAAACCUGACUCUGAAAGGGAUUCUGGCUUCUCAGAUGCUAGUUCUGAGCAUCUGAGUAUAGUUGACCAGACUGACAUAGAGGAUGCAGCGCGACCGGCGAUGCAAGCAGUAUCAGGUUCCAGAUCCCAAACUUCUCAGUUGGCUGUCAUUGGAGGAUCUUUCCAACGUCUGUCACCCAUGAUCAUCAUGAAUAAUGUUCUUCUCAAACAGCCUGGUGAUAACCCCUCCUCUGUGAAGUCGUGGGGCUUCAGUCCAUCAGUUGAGGUUGUACAGCAACCCCAAGUAGUCUUCCUCCAACCAGUAAUCUCCCAGAGAGCCGCUUCAGAGCCAAAGGGACCACCCAGUAAGCGUCGUAAGCACAAGAAGUACCUCCCCAUCUUGAAAUCCUAUCCCAAAAUUGCCCCCCACCCCGGGGACAGCCCACGUAGUAGCUGCACUAGCAGCAGUAGCAGCAGCUGCUCCACCGUCACUGCAUCAGUAAAGAGUUCCAGUUCAUCUUCCAGCUCUUGGGAUCCUCUUGAUCCAGACAAGCAGCAGGCUGUACAAACUAGCUCCUCUUCCAGCUCCUUCGUUCCGAACCCCAUGACACCAACCAGGCAUCGUCCAUCAUCACCUCAGCCCCAUACUCCACCUACUGAUUCUAACACUGGCAGUUGUCUUGGUGUAGAAGAGCCCAUGACCGAACCCACAGAAAUGCCUGCCAAGACAUUACAGACCCAACCACAGGCUACCUUUAAAGAUGACCUCUGCCAGAACGGCGACUCUGACAGCAACGAAAAGAGGAAGCGUUUCUGCAACACCUACAAUGUUCUCAGUAAAUCAGGCCUGCUGGACAUUACACUGCGCACUAAAGAGUUGAUACGACAAAAUCGGCGCACUCAGGCUGAGCUAGAUCAACUCCGUGAGCACACAAACCUCUUUAUGGAGGCCCUACAGACAGGAGACUUGUGUAUCUACAGCAAACUACAGAUGAGUAUGCAGGAAGAAAGUGCGACGGAGAAGACUGUGAUGAAUACUGGAUCAGAGAGACAAAUGGAUCAUUUGAAGUAGGACACUUGAACCAGUAAAGAAGCAUUUUGAAACAGGUUGUGGAAAUGUUACUAGUCCAUGAGCCUUUAUUUUAUUACGGUGGAAUGGGUCUACAUUUGAGAACUUCUGACACCUGAAAUAUUGUGGAUAAAGAACUGGUUAAACUGGUGAGCUCUGUAGAACCUUUGCUCCAGGCAAAUAGGACAACAGGUAUAGCAGGAAGCUCACGGCUCCAUGGUCCCCGUUUCAGUCCUGAGUUCUGGUUACUGUCUGUGUGGAGUUUCACACUGUUUUGCCCGUGACUGUGAGGAUUUCUGCCGAGUGCUCCAGUUUCUUCCCACCUCCCAAAAACGUGCUGAUAGUUGGAUUGGCUACUUUAAAGGAGAACUGAAGGCAAUUUAUCAUCAAAAUUCUGUUUCUCAUUUUAUUAAAUAUAGGAAUGUGUCUUUGAUCGCUAUUUUGUCACUGCUAUAGCAAGUUAUGAGUGUUUGAAAUAUGCUCUGUAAUAUAUGUCCAUAUGUCAAAGCAACGGCCGUAAACGAGAUUCGUUGAGACCUGUGCGAGACAUCGUAGGACGGAAGUAAAACGUACGGUGGAAAUCAAAGUGGCCGACGUUGUCAAAAGACGUGCGCGCCCUCUUUCGAAUGCUGAUGUAAUCAAGCCGGAAGUUUUGUUUGUUUUGAUAGCAAUCAGGAAAGUUUGAAAAAAGUAGGCAGUAAUUGUCAUUUAAGCUUGUUUUUGUGCAAUACUUCGUUUGGAAAACAGUUUUCAAAAUGGCGGCGCUGACACUUCACAUUUCGAGGUCUCACACAAGUCUGGUGAAGAUCGGGCGGGUAAGCAACGCUUGCCGUGGACCAAACGAACUAAGUUCAACACGGCUAAAAACCAAAUAGGCCGAUAAGUAUAUUUAAUUGCGAUUAGUUGCCAAUACGAGUCACGAUAUGAGGUUACUAAAAUCGAAAAUGUAAUUGAAUAACACGUUAAUUAAGGGGUGGCACGGUGGUGUAGUGGUUAGCGCUGUCGCCUCACAGCAAGAAGGUCUGGGUUCGAGCUCCGUGGCCGGCGAGGGCCUUUCUGUGCGGAGUUUGCAUGUUCUCCCCGUGUCCGCGUGGGUUUCCUCCGGGUGCUCCGGUUUCCCCCACAGUCCAAAGACAUGCAGGUUAGGUUAACUGGUGACUCUAAAUUGACCGUAGGUGUGAAUGGUUGUCUGUGUCUAUGUGUCAGCCCUGUGAUGACCUGGUGACUUGUCCAGGGUGUACCCCGCCUUUCGCCCGUAGUCAGCUGGGAUAGGCUCCAGCUUGCCUGUGACCCUGUAGAACAGGAUAAAGCGGCUAGAGAUGAUAUGAGAGAUGAGACGUUAAUUAAGAAAUAAAGCAAGUUUAAAAAUGAUUUCAGUUCUCCUUUAAAUUGCCCCUAAAUGUGUAUUAUGCGCAAUGCAAUGGCAUCCCAUGCAGGGAGUGUUCCCGGGGUAGGCCACGGAACCACCAUGGCAAUGAUGGAGCAGUUACUGUAGAUACAUGAGAACUUUGGUUCACUUUUAAUGAAAUACAGUUUUCUAGAACCAUGACCACAGUAGGAAAGUUUUAAGGUGAAUGGAUAUGUCAAACCUUGGUAAAGUUUGUACAUACCUGAUUGUCUGCACUAAAGAAAAAUAAUCUUCAUCUUAUCUGCAGUCAGUUUUCAAAGCAUUUGUGAUUGCUUUCAUUUUUGCCUCAGUAAUCUAGCUAGAUUGUGAAGCUAACAUAGGAUUAGAAGCAUUGUGAAUGUGCUUACAGACUGCUGAGCAGCAUGUUUUAAAACAGAACUAACCUGUAAUCUGAAAACAGUGAUAUGGGUGAAAAUAUUCAUAGAUCAGCAGGCAUGGCAGGCUGAUAUGUUAAUGCUUUAGAGUCAUGCGACAGAACAACCUUAGUGAUGGUUCAAAAAGAUAAUUAGUAAUCCUAAAUUUUGUCGUAGUAUGACCCCACGUUUUUUUUUUUUUAAUAAGAUCCGCUCAAUGCUGAAACAGUUCUGUUGCCUGUAGGAUGGACUCGUCAGAUUUAACUUUUACAACAGUUCUCUGCUCUGCUUCUUUUACCUGUUACCUGUGUACUAAGCUGUAGUAGCAUUACUAGAUUUAUAUACAGUGUCUUACAAAAGUAUUCAUCCCCCUUGGUGUUUGUCCUGUUUUGUUGCAUUACAAGCUGUAAUUAAAAUGGAUUUUCGGAGGGUUAGCACCAUUUGAUUUACAGAACAUGCCGACAACUUUAAAGGUGCAAAUUGUUGUUUAAUUGUGACCCAAAUAAUUAAGAUGAGGCGGCACGGUGGUGUAGUGGUUAGCGCUGUCGCCUCACAGCAAGAAGGUCCUGGGUUCGAGCCCCGGGGCCGGCAAGGGCCUUUCUGUGUGGAGUUUGCAUGUUCUCCCCGUGUCUGCGUGGGUUUCCUCCGGGUGCUCCGGUUUCCCCCACAGUCCAAAGACAUGCAGGUUAGGUUAACUGGUGACUCUAAAUUGACCGUAGGUGUGA